AUGACUAUGCUCGCCAAAAGGGUGUGCGCGAUUGAGAAACAGUUAAGCCGGCUUUCUUCCGCCCUCGAGCGUUACCCUAGCUUAUCUAUUGGCGCCGAGGACGCGGAGCAAUUGCGAAGCACCGAGCAACCAGCCGACAGCGACGAUACGACAGAUCCCCUUUCUUCUGACGGGGGAGGGGCUCAUCCUGGCCCUGGGCCCACGGAAGAACUCAGCUACAUGGGCGAGACAUCAAUCAGGCGCACCUUACAAGAAGUUGAAGACAGCUUGCACGAGCUAGGGCUGCCGGUAAAAGAUGCCGACGCACCCACAGUGGUAAGUCCUGACUCUGCACUAACAAGCGAGACAUCGGCCACUAGCUCGCGCUCAUUGCGUACCUGGGUUCUCAAAAUCCUCGCGAAAUACCAACUGUGCCCGCGCAAGGCCGAUUGGGUCGUUCUCUUGGACUUGUACUGCGACUACGUCCACCCGCUGUACCCCUUUCUCCAUAUCCCUUCACUACGGAGGUCGUACGCCCAGCUCGUAGGCGAGACCGACGUAGUUACCGCAGGGAAAGAGUCUUUUGCACAGGUCCUACUCUGCCUGGCGCUUGGCCGCUGCACAACCUCAGUGCGCGCUGAAACAAACGACGGGAUGCAGUCCUCGGGAUGGGCCUUUCACGCGGCUGCGCUGGAGUGUGUCAAGGAUGUCGUUGAUCCCUUGGGAGAUACCCCGGCCAGCCUGUCGAGGCUGCAUGUCCUGACCCUCAUGGUGGUGUAUCUGUUCCGGAUUGACGCGAGCGAGCGGGCGCACAAGGUUUUAUCCCUUACCAUUAUCCAGGCACAGCACCUUGGGUUACAUAGGGAAGCGGUGCUCGAAACGGCAACGACAUUUGUCGCCGAGUCCUCGCGGCGUCUGUGGUGGUGCUUGUACAUCCUAGACCGCCGGCUUUCCUUGACCAUCGGGCAGCCCUUUGUGAUCCAGGACACAAACAUGGAUACCAAGCUCCCGCUGCUCCUCUCGGAGACGGCGAUGGAUGCUCUGUUUCACUGUCCAGCGACGUCGGGCCCAGAGGACGACAGCGGGUGUGAUGACGCUCAAUCCCCGAUCCCGAAUCUCAUCGCAAUGGUGGGCUACUCGAAGAUCGCAGGCAAAGCGUGGAACAAUCUCUACCAAGCCCAGUCCAUGGACCGCGCGUCCGAGCCUACUCUUAUUGCUUCAUUUGAAGACCUUUUGUCGAUGUGGAAGCAUGGUCUCCCGCCGAGCUUAAACUGCGAUGAGAUGCGUCCUUGCCAGGACCACAUUCCCGGGCCACCCGCUCGCGGAUGGCAGCCGAAGAACCGGUUCCUGAUUGUCAUUCGAACCCUCUGGCUCCGCAUCCUCAUCCGAAAACCCAUGUGCAGCCGCUCCUCGCCAAACCCCUGGAUGACGACGUUCGACAACGACGCCGCUUGCGUCUCCCUCGCCGACCGGAUCAUAGCCUUCUACUCUCGCAUCGUCGACCCCUACGGAAUUUACACCUUCCCGUUCAUAGAAUACCUGCUCGGCGCCGCUUCCACGGCCCUCGGCCUAAUCGUAAAGGUCCCAGUCUUUCGACUCCGCCACACGCACUCCGUCAUGCAGGCCACGCACAUGCUGAACACCUUCUGUACGAAAACGUGGGUCUCUGGGAAGACUCUGCGCUCCGUAAAGCGUUUCACUGACAUGAUGACCGAUGUGAUAAACCAAUGCAACAACCCGCGCAGUCUCCAGCCUCGGAACGCCCGGAGUCGCGAUAGCAAUCCUCCCGGUACAAAUGGUGCCUCGAAUGCCACCUCAAGGAAAUAUUCUCUGGAAGGAAGUAGUCAGAACGCGACCCGGUUAGAAUUCACGGCCGCCCCGACUGGUACUCUCCACGGCCACUCUGCCGUUAUUGGUGAGCAGACUCGGGCUGUCAAUGCAGAUGGCAACGCGCAUGGGCUUGAGGGCGGCACAUCGUCGUAUCACUACCCCAUCAUGUCUUCUCCACACGAAAUGGUCGACUUGCCCAGUUUCGGGCCCGGGCCGGACUUCGUGGGAUCUUUUGCGCCAGGCCUGGAGAGCCUGGUAAUCACGGAUUAUGCUUUCGAAAGGUCGGUCGCGGACCAGAAUAUAAUGCAGGGGUCUGGAUACAUCCCGUACGAAGACAUUGCUGCCGGCAUGCUGCAGUAG